AUGGAUAGCCCCGCGGACUACUCCCUCCUGGCCCCCUUCCUGUGCAAAGGGGAUCCCGUGCUGCACCGGGACGACGCAGACAGUGAAGCCUCCCGCCAGCGCUUCAGGCAGUUCCAGUACAUAGCAGAAGCUGGGCCUCGGGAAGUUUUCAGAAAACUCUCGGAGCUCUGCAGUCAGUGGCUGAAGCCAAGGAUGCGUUCUGUGGAACAAAUCCUGGAGCUGCUCGUGUUGGAGCAAUUCCUGACUAUUCUGCCCACCCACCUAGAGGCCAGGGUGAGCACUUACUGCCCAGAGAACAAAGAAAGACUCUUUUCCCUCAUAGAAGACUUACAGAGAGAACAUGAGAGACCAGAGUACCAGAUUGACAUAGAUGACACGCUCUUUGAAGAACUGCCACCAGUGCAAACAGAACUCAUGCCACCACACAGGCACUCGCGGUCACCUGCACUCCAGCUAAGGGGAUCUGCCCAAGAGGCCUUGGGGGCAGAGGCGUGGAUCCCACAGUCAGGGCAGCAAGAGCUGAACUACCAUGCUGCUGGCAAAUGCAAGCCCUUUCUGGAUCCUGAAUACGAACAGCUGGAGCCUAUCUGCAAAGAGCCCCCCGACGAGCUACUGGACAGUUGCAUGAAGCCCGGGUCCCACCUAGGAGAGAGCUCCGACUGGGAGGAGUCUCUCAACCUGAGAGUCCUCAUGCCAAAAGUUCCCAUAGAGAAAUCUUACCACUGUGGUCAGUGUGAAAAGUGUUUUCCUUAUAGGCACCAACUUGCUGUUCACCUGAAAACUCAUUCAGGAGAGCUAGGUUACAAGUGCUCCGUGUGUGGGAAAAGGUUCCUUCUCAGGUCAGAACUUUAUCGCCACCAGCUCAUUCACACGGGGGAGAAGCCCUAUGAAUGUGCUGAGUGCAAGAAGCAAUUCACUCACGGGGCACACCUUGCCAUGCACCAGAAAAGACAUUCUGAAAAAAUGUACCAAUGCGUGCAGUGUAGGAGGAAGUUUCUGCAUAAGUCGAGUCUGAUGGAGCACAUGAAAACUCACACAAGGGAACAAUCUUACGGGUGCUACUGUUGUGAGAAAAGCUUUAGCAGUUGGACAGCUCUCAUUCUACACCAGAAAACACACACUGAAGAGAAACCAUUUGCAUGUGAUCACUGUGAGAAAAGAUAUAGGCAGAGAUCCAGCCUGAUGGUUCACGUGAGAAUCCACAGGGAGAAGCCAUACAAGUGUAGCCACUGUUCUAAAAGCUUCAGAAAGAAAUCGGGCCUUAUUGCACACCAAGCUGCACACUUUAGAGAAGAAUUCCUGAGCACGUCGAGGUACCUGGGUUCUGCACAGAGUGACAGUAACUCCUGA